UUUCUCAUUUCUCUCUCAUUUUUCUCUCUCUUUUCUCUUCUUCUCUUCCUUCUUCCACUCCAGUAACUUUCGUUGUACUCAGUUGAAAACUCCUCAUCAUUUGCUCUUAUCCUUGAUUCAUUUGGUGCCUUUUUUGUGUCUCCUCAACAUUUUCAUUUGUUGAUAUUGUUUUCAUCUCAUGUGUUUGUCACUUUUCCCUGUUAUCGGUUUGCACCCUGCAUCAUCAUUAUCAUCCUAACCAAUAUUUAUCAAGUUUUGUACCUUUUUUUACACCUACCUUUACCUAUUACUGAUUGUAAAUUACCAUUGAGAUCAACUUUAAACUUUUAAUUGUAAUUUACAAACCAACAAAGUAGAUUAAUGUUUAGUGAACGUUUCAUUUUUCUUGGGAUAAAAUUUACCUUUGAUGUCUACUCCAACAAUCCUCAUCUCGUACCAAACAGCUGAUAAUUGCCAUUGAACAAACUGUCAUCAUUGUCAUCCUUGUAAACAACCUCAUCUUCAUCGCUCUUCACCUUCACCUUCAUCAUCAUCCCCAUCAUGACCACAUCCAUGUUGAGUCCAACCUCUCAAAAUAACAGUUUUGAGGCAGCAGAUUCAAAUAGUGGUAACACUCCUUCAAAGUCAUUCGUUGUUUGUAAAGUAUGUGGCGAUAAAGCUUCUGGCUAUCAUUACGGAGUCACUUCAUGUGAAGGAUGCAAGGGAUUCUUUCGACGGAGCAUCCAAAAGCAGAUUGAAUAUAAAUGUCUACGAGAUGGUAAAUGCCUAGUUAUACGGCUUAACCGAAAUCGCUGUCAGUAUUGUCGUUUCAAGAAAUGCAUAGCUGUUGGCAUGUCAAGAGACUCGGUUAGGUACGGAAGAGUUCCCAAACGAUCUCGUGAAAAAGGAGACGAUAAUCGGGUAACCACAUCUGAAGCUGACCAAUCUGCCAAUGUGAAACUGGAUACCAUGCAAAUAUCAAUGUAUGAAAUCAUAUCGGCCAUCUCUCAAGCUCAUCAUAAUCACUGUGCCUACACUGAUGAACAUACACAAAAUUUGAUGCGAAAACCUGCAAUAUUUCUAGAGCCAGAGUACAGUUCAUCCCCAGAUUAUAGUCCAAGCUCAAUAACAGCCGAUAGUUUGGAGCAACAAAAGAUUAAUAUGUGGCAACGAUUUGCUGAUUUUAUUACACCAUCCAUAUCAAGAGUUGUUGAAUUUGCUAAACGAAUUCCCGGUUUUCUCGAGCUGUCCCAAGACGAUCAACUGAUCCUGAUUAAAUCAGGUUUCUUUGAGAUUUGGAUUGUCCACAUUUCCAAAAUGGUUAACUUAGUUGACAAUACGCUUACGUUCAGUGAUGGUAGUUAUAUUACUCGACAACAAAUGGAGCUAAUGUUUGAUUAUGAAUUUGUAUCAUCAAUCUUCAAUUUUAUGCUCUCCUUCAAUAAUCUGCAUUUGAAUGAUACUGAAAUUGGAUUAUUUUCUGCUCUUGUCCUUCUCUCUUUAGAGCGAUUUGGUAUUAGUGAUAUAAAAGCUAUCCAUCGGAUCCAAGAAAGCAUUGCUGAAGCUCUGAGAUUGCAAAUUAUACGACAUCAUUCCAAUGAUACUCAAUUACAUCCGAACGUGAUGAUGAAGCUUCCUGAGCUGGUACAACUUGGAAUCAAACAUGCUGAACAUUUAUCCUGGUUCCGAGCAAACUGGACCAAACUCAAGCUGCCUCCACUAUUUGCCGAAAUAUUUGAUAUACCUAAAUCUGAAGAUGAGCUUCUAUUAGUAGCUCAAUGAUGAUUGAUUUGCAUCAUUUUCAAACCUUUGUAUACUUAGUAAUUUAGGAGAUAAUGUAUAAAACAAAAUAUCAAAUGUUCACUCAACGUUAACGCUAUUCUGAAGAGACCAACAUCAGCAUCACUCACACAUGCUUUACCUACACGAAUCGAGAAACAAAAAAAAAUCAAUAAGAAAGGAAUAAUUCAGUUUGUCCGACUUUUUUUGCGUAGACACAAAAAUGAGAGAUUAACGCAAUCAAUAAUUUAGUUAAUUUAUUUCCUAUCUAUAGUUUUAAUCACCUACUCUAAUCAUCAAUUGAAUUUCCCAUAAACAUUAAUUUAUAUUGUCAAAUUUGUUUAAUUUUUAGUCAAAGAUUGGCAAGAAUGGAAACGAUUAAUCGAACCAAAAUUAAAGAUUAAUUAAGUUGAAAUCUCUUCUCACCUUUCAAGAAAAACAAAUUCACAAAUUGACUUCACCAUUCACCAUUGAUAUUAAUUACAGCAAAGAUUAAUUAGAGCCAUUCUCAACAACAAUUUCCUUUUCUUCUCCUUUCCAUCAAGAAAUCAUCUUCAAUUGUAAUGAAAAAAUUGGAAUCAAAUUUUUCAUGUAAUUUCUAUUAUUUCUUCAUUUUCAUUUUAUCAUUUUCCUUACAAUAUUACACUUUAUUUUCCACUUUCUUCAUAACAUUUUCUCUAUAUUAUAAGCAUUUAACUCGAUUGUAAAUCAAUUCUCUUGUUAACUCUUUCCUCCCUCUUUUUAUCUAUGUAAGGUUAAACGAAAUAUUUGAGUCACAAUAAGAUGAAUGUUAAUUAAUUUUGAUUGUUUAUGAGCAAUUUUGCUACCAAAAUUGUAUUUGAUGUCCAUUAAUCACCUUUGUCAGAUUGUAAUUUCAUUUAACCUAUCGUUACCCUUCCGCUGUUUAUUACUAUUACCUAUUACUCGCAAAAACUGUUACAAAAACUCAUUUAAUCUAAAAUAAAUGUUUUAUUUCGCGUUUCAAUAA